AUGUGCACUUGGAAAUACGAGCUGUUUAAAUGCGGUCACAAGUAUAAUUACCAGCGAGUUAAGUACUGUCAUGACCCUGCCAGAUGUCAACAUCCUACUGGAAUCCCCGAAUAUAUUGAUCGGUGGUGUGAGGCGUGUCAUCCAAUUCGAAAAGCUGGUACCGGUGUUGUCAGUAACAUGAGCUGUGCUAUGCUUCAACAACAACCGCAACAAAACAUUUCAAAUUUCACCAUGGAACCAAUAAUUCCACCAACAAGUGUGCCUCGCAGCAGUCACAAUCACAGUCAUAAUCAUAGCCAUAGUCAUAGCCAUAGCCAUAAUCACAGCAGCACUUCAGGCUCUAGCAAAAGCGGUUCGCGCAGAGCGCCAGCCGACGGGUAUUCUGAUAAAUCAUAUAGGCCGAAAAACUUCAGUACUGGAAGUGAUAAUGGUGGUGGUAGCAACACUAGCACCAGUAGAAGCCAGCACAGCAGACGGAAAACAGCAGAAAACCUUGCUAGUCUACCGACAUCAGCCAGUGUCAAUUAUACAAGUACAUCAAUGGGAUCAGGAAGCGGGGCUGUAGAUGAUCUAAAUGGAAGAUAUAGUCCUAGCAUGAGUGGUCGGUUAAGCCCCAGUAUUUCCAGCAUGAACGUGAUGGUGGAACCUGACCGAAACUUUGUAUGGCGAUCUAAUCCAACAAGUAGUCCUUGGUGA